CUUAACGGUUACAGUGUACAAUCCCAGAGGUUGGAUCACAACGUAAUAAUGGAGUCCAGUAUAGCAAGUCCCUCCAAAAGCUUUUCCAUAACCCACCAAUGGGAUGGCUCGGCCAUUGACCAUGCACCAAUCACAGUGACAAUAGCACAAGAUCCCAGUGACACAUCCUGUUUCAUACUGGAGACCGAUGGGCCAUUCUUCAAUGACCCAGGCAGGCCAAAGGGGGAGGCUGGCCAGCCCUAUGAUGGCCUCUGGGACUAUGAAGUUGUCGAAGCUUUCUUCCUUGGGGACGAUGAGAAAUAUUUAGAAGUGGAACUCUGUCCGCACGGCCAACACUUGGUUCUCUUGCUGAGUGGAAUUAGGAAGUUUUACAAGACAAAACUGUCACUUGUUUUCCAAUCUGCCAUCAAUUCCGACGAAGGAACUUGGAGAGGCCGUGCCAAAAUACCACUGGAAUACUUGCCACCAGGUGUGAAGAGAUUCAAUGCUUAUGCAAUCCAUGGAUCAGAUGAGCAGCGAAUGUACGAAGCACUUUAUCAUGCACCCAAGGGCAAACAUGACAACCCAGACUUCCACCGCUUGGAGUACUUUCAUGAAAUCGACCUGACGGAUGUUAUUCCUUCAAAUCUAACUUCUAAGCUGUGGGAGAUUGCAAUGUGAUGUAACAGAAUACCUGGCUGACGUGUGAAGACAGCAUUUGACAUUUUAUAAGGAUUCAUUGUAAAUACCACAAGCAUUAGUCAAUCACAGAAUAAUGAAGUGCUUUUGUGUUCAAAAUGCCUUUCAGCCUUUGGCCAUAUUGUAUGUAAAACACAGGCAUAUUAUACAUGUGUGUACAUGUGCUUACUUUGUGUUCCAAAAGUGCUUCUGAGAUCAUGCAUAAUGCAAAUUUAUUUGAAAGCAAUCGUGACAAGUAUACGCCACACACGGUCAUCAUUAAACUGCUGAUAGUUACAUAUGCCUACCCUUAGAAUAGUAUGCAAAUGCAGUGGUAAGAAUAAAUCAUGAGGUGACCGAUGAAAUGUUUCAUUCCACUCGACUUUGCCUUGUGUAACAGGACAUUUCAUCUGUCACGGAAGACAAUUCUUACCAUCACACGAAUGUGAAACAUUCAUUAUUUGAUUAUUUGUUUAUACAUAUGUAUAUGGAAUGCAUGCUGGAACCAGUCAAGUGAAGUUCUAUUCAACUUUAACGGGUAUUGUUGAAUGGAACUAAUAAUUCACUGACAUGUGAUCAACAAUCUACCAAUCAGAUGACAGGGAUUUAUGCAGGUAUUGUAUAAAGCAUUACACAUGUAGCAUGAUCUGUUAUCAUGGAUUGACCAAUCAGGAUCAAGGACUUCAGUAUCCUUGACGACAACAUCACCAAUCACUUUUGAAAAACACAUUCGCAUCCACACUUCAGUACCUUAUAAUUUUACAGUUGUUUGGUUCCUGCAAAACCAACAAAUUUUGGUAGUCUUAAACCCUACAAGCUUGGAUUGGAUUCUAUUUCACAAAGAUAAACAUUGAACAAUGCAGUCCAUUUCAAGUAAUGCUAGACUGGCAGAUAAAACAUAUGUGCAGAGCUAUUCAAUCAACAAUAGUGACCUUCACAAGUAUCUUUUGUACUUUACACAGCUGCAUAUGAUACAAAGUUUACUGCUUUACUCGUUUCAGUUCCAAACUAACGUUUUAUUGAAUAACAGCAGAGACUGAAGACAUGCUCGUCCCUUUAAAACGCAUUUUGUUUUUCACAUUUUUGAAUUUGAUUUCACUUCCUGUUGAACAAAUUGGAAUCAAUGCAGUGGGUGCAAUGAAAGCAUUCAAGAAUUAUAAAAUUCAUCAGAAAUGAAUGCUGCAUUAAAUUAAUAAAAUGUACAAUGCAAAAUAAAAAAUGUAAAAGUUCAAUACUGCAGGUGAAUUGUACCGAUAGGGUACAGUUUUUUCUAGAAAAAUUUUAAAAUUCUAAACAAUUUAUGAAGAAAUAAAUUCAUAGAUACCCAAAACAAGUCUAUAGAAAGUAAUAUUUUAACAGUGUUAUGCUGCAAUGUAAAUGUAUUUACACGUUGUAUUAAUUGGAAUAUUUCAUAUUUCUGAAAGAAACAGAUGACCAGGUUUUACAUGAAGAAGUAGCUAGUGUUUGAGAUUUUUCAAAAGUUUUGUUUUUUGUUGUAUUUGCAACACAAUGUAGGAAUUGGAAGAAAAUGGGAAAUUCCAAAGAAAAGCUAACAAGGCAUCAGCCUUGUUAGCUUUUCUUUGGAAUUUGGAACGCCUGUACAGGAGCCUGUUGGAGGAGCUUUGAACUCUGUAAAGUGACCAACCCUGUUUUCAUGGGGAUCGGAGCUCAUAAGAAUCAACUAAAAGUUGUGAGCAGUAUUGUGGACAAGAUCUUUUUUGGAGUUCUCAGUGCUCACAUAACAGAGUGAUGUGAAUGGUCUAAACAAGGAGAGACUCCUAACGCUCCAACUUUUAAUAAAAACCCAAGGAGUUUCUAAUGUU